AGCUGGUAUUGCUGGUGUAUUGUGUGCAGUUUAUCUCACAGACAGACACACGUUCGCAAUCGAGGCCUCAGUCUGAAGAGAGAACGACACAGACACCAUGGUGAGCAAAACAGACGAGACUCCGACUGCGGUGCCCAAAGCAGCAGAGCCGCAGCGACAGGAGAGUCAACAAGAGGGUGCUGUCAGAGAGAAGAAGGAAUCUUGUGGCUGCGGGCACUCUGCAGACAUGUCUGUGAUGAACGGGAAUGGUGCGCCCCAUCGCGCGGAGGAGCAGAACGGGGGAGGGGACCCCGAGCAGAGCGAUGAAGGGAACGAACAGGAAGUGAUUGUAAUCCAGGACACAGGCUUCACUGUCAAAAUCCAGGCACCCGGCACGGAGCCCUUCGACCUGCAGGUCUCCCCUCAGGAGAUGGUUCAGGAGAUUCACCAGGUGCUGAUGGACCGUGAGGACACCUGCCACCGCACCUGCUUCUCCCUGCAGCUGGAGGGCAACGUGCUGGACAACUUUGCUGAGCUCAAGUCCAUCGAGGGGCUGCAGGAGGGUUCUCUGCUCAAGGUGGUGGAAGAGCCAUACACAGUGCGGGAGGCUCGCAUCCAUGUGCGCCACAUCAGAGACCUGCUGAAGAGCCUGGACCCCUCGGACUCUUACAAUGGAGUGGACUGCAACUCGCUGUCUUUCCUCAGUGUCUUCACAGAGGGGGACCUCGGAGAGAACGGCAAGCGCAAGAAGAAAGGCAGCGAGCUGGAACAGAUAGAUUGUACCCCUCCAGAGCACAUCCUCCCCGGCAGUAAAGACCGCCCCCUAGUGCCGCUGCAGCCGCAGAACAAGGACUGGAAGCCCCUGCAGUGCCUGAAGAUCCUGACGAUGAGUGGCUGGAACCCCCCUCCUGGAAACCGGAAGAUGCACGGAGACCUGAUGUACCUGUACAUGGUGACAGUGGAGGAGAGGCACGUCAGCAUCACCGCCUCCACCCGCGGAUUCUACCUCAACCAGUCCACUACCUACACAUUCAACCCGAAGCCAGCCAACCCCAGCUUCCUGAGCCACUCGCUGGUGGAGCUCCUGAGCCAGAUCAGCCCUGCCUUCAAGAAGAACUUCUCCACCAUUCAGAAGAAGAGGGUACAGAGGCACCCGUUUGAGAGGAUCGCCACCCCGUUCCAGGUGUACAGCUGGACGGCCCCGCAGGUGGACCACGCCCUGGACUGCGUGCGCGCUGAGGAUGCCUACACCUCCAGGCUGGGCUACGAGGAGCACAUCCCUGGACAGACGAGAGAUUGGAACGAAGAGCUCCAGACCACGCGAGAGCUGCCACGGAAGAACCUGCCUGAGAGGCUGCUCCGGGAAAGGGCCAUCUUCAAGGUCCACAGCGACUUCGCUGCGGCCGCCACCCGCGGCUCCAUGGCGGUCAUCGACGGCAACGUGAUGGCGAUCAACCCCGGGGAGGAGACCCGCAUGCAGAUGUUCAUCUGGAACAACAUCUUCUUCAGCUUGGGCUUCGACGUGCGCGACCAUUACCUGGAGCUGGGGGGGGACAGCGCCGCCCACGCCGCGCCCACCAACGACCUGAACGGGGUGCGCGCCUACGGGGCCGUGGACGUGGACGGGCUCUACACGCUGGGCACCGUGGUGGUGGAUUACCGAGGCUACCGCGUCACCGCACAGUCCAUCAUCCCGGGCAUCCUGGAGCGCGAGCAGGAGCAGAGCGUCAUCUACGGCUCCAUCGACUUCGGCAAGACCGUGGUCUCCCACCCCAAGUACCUGGAGCUGCUGGAGAAGACCAGCCGCCCCCUGAAGGUGCAGAGGCACCCGGUGCUGGAUGACAAGGGUGAGGCUGUCGAGCUGUGCUCCUCCGUGGAGUGCAAGGGCAUCAUCGGCAAUGACGGGCGCCACUACAUCCUGGAUCUGCUACGCACCUUCCCCCCGGACCUCAACUUCCUACCCGUGGAGGGGGAGGAGCUGCCCGAGGAGAGCCGGUGCCAGGGGUUCCCCCGGCAACACCGCCACCGGCUGGCCUGUCUGCGGCAGGAGCUGAUCGAGGCCUUCGUGGAGCACAGAUACCUUCUCUUCAUGAAGAUGGCUGCCCUGCAGCUGAUGCAGCAGAAAGCCAACAAGGAGAGCAAGGUCACGGCGGCCCUGACUGAGAACGGGGGGCCGCAAGCAGCAACGCUCGAAAACAAGGGGGUGGGGGACGACGCCACGGCAACCGCCAACGGUUCCGCACCCCCGUCUCCGAUGGCAACCGAAAAUGGGGAGUGCGAGAGCACAGAGUGCUCGGAGGGUAAGGCUGGAGAGGAGAAUAUCCCGGGACUAGCCCAAGCUAAAGAGCUUGCCGAGACCGUCGCGGCGGAGGAUGGAACAGCGGACCCCAAGAGCCGAGAGGUUGUCCAGAACGCCUGCAAAGCUGUGGGCUCCAUCAGCAACACCUCCUUCGAUAUCCGCUUCAACCCAGACAUCUUCUCUCCAGGUGUGCGGUUUCCAGAGAGCAGCUCUGAGGACAUUCACAAGCAGAAGCAGCUGCUGAAGGACGCUGCCGCCUUCCUCGUGUCCUGCCAGAUCCCCUCCCUGGUGAAAGACUGCCUGGAUCACAAUGCCCUCCCGAUGGACGGCGCCACGCUGACGGAGGCUCUUCACCAGCGCGGCAUCAACGUGCGCUACCUGGGCACCGUGCUGGACUUCAUCAGCAAAACACCUGCCAAAACCCAGCUCGACCACAUCUACAGAAUCGGAAUUUAUGAGCUGAUUACCAGGUCUGCCAAGCACUUCUUCAAGACUUAUCUCCAGGGAGUGGAGCUGUCAGGCCUGUCUGCUGCGGUCAGCCACUUCCUGAACUGCUUCCUGAGCUCGUUCACUGACGCCGUGCCCCACCUGCCUGCCGACGAGCUGGUAUCGAAGAGGAAGAACCGGCGCCGGCGGAACAGGGUCCCUGGGGGAGGCGGGGGAGACAACACGGCCUGGGCCAGCCUCACCCCCACUGAACUCUGGAGAAGCAUCGUCUCGGAGGCCAGCAGCUACUACCACUUCACACUGCACUGUGAGAGUGUAGAUCAGGCUGUGGAGAAGUACGGACUUCAGAAGACAACCCUCCUGAGAGAAAUUUCCAUCAAAGCUGGCAUACAGAUCCUGUUAAAGGAUUACAACUUCGACAGCCGUCACAAGCCUGCCUUCACAGAGGAGGACAUCCUCAACAUCUUCCCCGUGGUGAAGCAUGUCAACCCCAAAGCCUCCGACGCCUUCCACUUCUUCCAGAGUGGCCAGGCCAAGGUGCAGCAAGGUUUCUUGAAAGAGGGCUGUGAGCUGAUCAACGAGGCCCUGAACUUGUUUAACAAUGUGUACGGAGCCAUGCACGUGGAGCUCUGUGCCUGCCUGCGUCUCCUGGCGCGUCUCAACUACAUCAUGGGAGACUACUCCGAGGCCCUCAGUAACCAGCAGAAAGCCGUGCUGAUGAGCGAGCGAGUGCUGGGCAUCGAGCACCCCAACACCAUACAGGAAUACAUGCACCUAGCUCUGUACUGCUUUGCCAAUGGUCAGCUGUCGACGGCCCUGAAGCUGCUGUACCGCGCUCGCUACCUCAUGCUGCAGGUGUGCGGGGAGGACCACCCGGAGAUGGCUCUUUUGGAUAGUAACAUCGGUCUGGUGCUGCAUGGUGUGAUGGAGUUCGACCUGUCCCUGCGCUUCCUGGAGAACGCCCUGGCCACCAACUCCAAAUACCACGGGGCACGCUCCCUCAAGGUAGCACUCAGUCACCACCUAGUUGCCAGAGUGUACGAGAGCAAGGCAGAGUUCCGCUCGGCCCUGCAGCACGAGAAGGAGGGGUACACCAUCUACAAGAACCAGGUCGGCGAGGCUCAUGAGAAGACGCGGGAGAGCUCGGAGUACCUGAAGUACCUCACCCAGCAGGCAGUGGCGCUGCAGCGCACCAUGAACGAGAUCUAUAAGAACGGAUCCAGCGCCAGCAUCAUGCCACUCAAGUUCACAGCUCCCACCAUGGCCAGUGUCCUGGAGCAGCUCAACAUCAUCAACGGCAUUAUAUUCAUUCCUCUCAGCCAAAAAGACAUAGAGAGCCUGAAGGCCGAGGUUCAGAGACGCCAGCAGCUCCAGGAAACCAUGAAGAGCGAAGAGCAGCAAGAGGAGAGCCUGCUGGAGCUGGAACACCCACUCACAGCAGAGCAGGAGAGGCAGAGCGCCCCUGCUGGAGCAGAGGUCCUAGAGCAGCAAGCAUCUGCUUGAAAGGGGGCGGACUGACUUAAAAUGAUACAGAAAUUGAACUGGGAGAACGAUAGAAAGAAAACCCAUUUUGUAUGCGCGCGGUCUGGACCCGAGCGGGAUCCCUGUGAAUGAAGUGAUGUGGGAGGCGUCUGAUUGGCGCGCUGCUUGUUGAGGAGACUGGUGUGAGAGGGAAGACGUUACAGACUUGAUCUAACCAGAGCCUUACCACAAGAAAAAAAAAAUUAAAAUAAAAACCACUGGACGUCCCCUGCCAUGCUCAGCCCUCUUCUGCAGAUCUACAAAGUACACGACCUGUUCAAGCAUUUGCAUAGCCCAGCAACCAACACAAAAAAACACGAGCUUUCCGCUGAGGUGCGCAGAAGUGUCACGUCAUUUUUAUUGUUUGUGCAGCGGAGCCCUGACAAGCUUACACGGGCUUCAGAACCUAAAGUCUGCGUGCCUCUAAAACGGGUCCAAGAAUGUCAUCCAUCCAUCAUUUCUUUUUUAAAAUCUUUUCUAUAUAGUUAUAUCUAUGUUGAAAGAAAAAAGGGUAGUCGUAUGUAUAUAGAUAUAAGUAUAUGGAUAUUUUCAUUUUAGAUAGGUAAAUACAAUAUCAAGCGAUCCACCUGCUACAAUGGAAAGAUUCAUUUGUAACACGUAACUGGGUGUGUAAAACGGAGAGAUAAAGCCAUAUAAACGAGAAAAAGUGGAUUCACGUAUCCACUGAUGUUGGUAUCAAUAUCUUGUCUGUGUUUUUGUUAAUAUAAAUAUAUACAUGUACAGAUGUACUGUGUGUAUUUAUAUGGCUGUCUGUUUGGACAGGUGCUUUAAUAUUGAUCAUGAAAAUGUAACAGUUUGACUAAAAGAAAAGACUUGAUCUUA